AUGGCGCUCAGAGACCACACUCCGCUCUAUGUCUCGGGAGUCGGAAGAGUUGUUUUCGUCUCCACGGCCAUCCUCACAUCCAUCCUCGCCUACUUGGGUGAGCAGUCCAGCCGGGGGCUUUUCAAGUCCAAGAAGAAGGUCAAGGAGAGCACCCGCCGCAUUCACGGCAUCCUGCAGACCCUCAUGCCGGCUGAGGUUCUGGAAACGCUGCACAAGCUUGGACCAGGCAGAACGCCGUCCCACCACUACAACCAGGCCACGAUCACGCAGUCUGACCUAUGCGGCUUCACCCAGCUCUCCUCCACGAAGACACCGCACGAAGUGGUGGGCUUCAUGGGCGACUUGUUUGGGAGGUUCGAUGCCCUCGCCAGCGAGUUUGGCAUCUACAAGGUCGAGACGGUUGGUGAUGCCUACAUCGCUGGCAUGGCCUGGGUGACGGGAGAGAAUGGCGCCCCACUGCAGAAGCUGACUGAGAAGAACUCGGCGCUACAGGUGGUCAAGUUCGGCUUGGCCAUGAUCAAGGCUACUGCUGACUGGGACGAGGGGAUGAAGAUUAAGAAGCUGGUGGAGCCCAACGUGAGAGUUACCUGCCGUGUUGGUGUGCAUCACGGCCAGUGCAUCGGUGGGAUUGUUGGCACCGGGAUGAUGCGCUACCACCUCUUUGGCCAGUUCAUGGGUCAGGUAGACAUCUUGGAGGCUACUUCCCGCGAAGGUCAAUGCCAGAUCAGCAGAGCCUGCAUGGAGAAGGUCUGGCAGGAGGCCGGCAAGGAUGCGCUGAGCUACGAGGAGCGGGGGAAGAAGGAGGGCCAACCAGAGCUCCAAACUUCCAAGGGCGAGGUCCACUACUUCGAGGAAGUUGGUGGUGCUCCAACCUACUUGGUGGAGGCCAGCCUUGUCUCACGCGUGAAGGGUUUGGAAGAGGACGUGUGGCAUUUUAAGCAGCACCUCACGCAACUGGAGAGGCUCAUUCCGGGCAACCGAAAUGACGACGAAAUGGAUGAGGAUUGGGAUUGGGAUACCCGUGGCAGAGACAUCUAG